AUGUUUCUCUGCCCUUCUACUUUGCAAUGCAUACCCAAUUCUUGGCUAUGUGAUUCUGAAGUGGAUUGUAAAGAAGGAGAAGAUGAAAAGAAUUGCGAUGAUAAGCCAACACAAUGUCAAGUUAACGAAUACUCCUGUCGAACAACAGAGAAAGGAGUUAGAACAGAGACCUUAAAUCCUUGGCUAACACAUUUGGGCCCUGUUGGACUUUAUAAACAUUCUUGUAUUCCAAAAGAAUGGCGUUGUGAUGGAGAACCUGACUGUCUUUAUAAGGAUGAUGAGGAGAACUGUCCAAAGAUUAAAUGUGACGAAAAUCAUUUUGAAUGUAAAGGAUUUGACAAUUUGUUAACAUCUUGCAUUCCCAAAGAGUGGGUUUGUGAUGGACAGACUGAUUGUUUGGAUAUGAAGGACGAGGCAAACUGUACUGACACUCCAAAAGAUAUUUGUGACUAUCAAACCGAAUUUAGGUUAAUAAUUUUAGAAAAUUAA